ACUCCUAGUGUUUUUCUCUCUCCCCUUGCCACAGAUUUCACAUCGUCCCGAAACGCGCUGGCGGGUGCUUGGCCGAAACUGGAAGCGGCGUGUCAAUUCACUUUCCGGCGGCUUCCGUGGUUUUUUUUCUCUGCAUUUGUGGGAAGAUUUUCUUGUCGGCUUCUUGUCCGACGAGAUGUGCACUCUCUCGUCUGUUUGUUCCGGUUUGCCACGUCAACUCAACAGCGCCAUUCGUACGCUGCAACGCCCGCGCCUGGUGCCACCACAUUCCGACCGGUGUGGUUCUUUGCGUAACGCCGUUACUCCACCACAGUCGUGUCCCGCCCUUCCGUUUUCUCUGGUCGCAAUGGCGUCUUUCUGCUCUUCGUCUUGCACAUCUGGUCCCGUGGGCAGAGAGAAAUAUUUCUCCCGCUCAUGCUUUGGUGAUCGGGGAAUUCCGAUCCGUGCUGUGGUCACAGAUCUGGACGGCACUUUGCUCAAUUCUGACCACCUUGUAUCAAGGGCAAAUGUGGCGGCUUGCGCGCGGCUUCGUCAGAAAGGCAUUGCCUGCGUGUUCGCCACAGGCCGGCCACAUGUCGGCACGGUUCACUGCAUUGGACCUGCAGUUCUCGAAGAAAUGGGAAUGCCCAACGCGUUUCCGGGCGUGUACAUGAACGGAUGCCUCGUGUACGGGUCGGACGGGAAGCUGCUUCAUGCAGAGUACCUUGACAAGGAGCUGCAGAAACAAGUUUUUUCACUACUCGAGGAGCGGAACCUCGUGAACCGCGUCUGCGGCUACCAGGGAGAGGGAUUGUUCUGCUGCGAAAAGAACCCGUACACGUGGUACACGAAAGAUGAGUACGACGAGUGCGAACCCGUCGUCCUGCCGUCUGUCGACGAUUUGAAGAAUAUGAAUUUAUGCAAACUGACCUUCAACGGCAGUCCGCAGGAAGUGACGGAGUUCCGCGCUCUCCUAGAGGGCUUCGUCAAGAACGGGAACGGCCGCUGCGUGCAGCCGAUUCCCAGGAACGUGGAGUUCAUUCCCAAGAGCGUUUCCAAGGCGAAAGGUCUGGACAUUUUGUUCGCCAGCAUGAACAUCACCAAAGCGGAAGUGGUCGCGCUAGGCGACAGCGAAAACGACCUCGAAAUGCUCCGACACGUAGACCUGUCGGUCUGCGUGGCGAACGGAUGCGAAAGCGCGAAGGAAGCAGCCAAGUUCGUCACCCUGUCCAAUGACCAGGAUGGUUUUGCCGCGGUUGUCAAGGAAAUAUGUGACGAUUUGGAAGACAGAGAAACCAAGGCCACCCGCGGCACUGCGUAGACCGGAUCCACGGAAACAGUACGGUGCCUACAAGGGUGGAAAGCAGCCGAGGACCCUGUGCGGGGGGGUAGAGUGGCACGGCUGAACAGCCGAACCUUGAACAAAAAUGGCAAAGUUCCAGGCCGGAAGUAGCGGAACGUCAGUGAAGGGGGGGGGGGGAAAUGGUGACUACAGGUCAAGAAACCGAACAAUGAAGGAUGAGGCUGCAGCGGCGAUUGCCGCAUCAGUUCGAAAUGGCAUGGGAGGAAUUGGAGAGGGUAAAUCAAGAAAUCAGAUAUGGUCACAGCCGAAGGCAAGUUCUUUUUUUGAUGCCACGCAGCCUGUGCCUCUGUGUGGACUGUGUGACUUUGAUUUCUUGUGUAUGGCAAGUUUGUUCCGCUAGUGUGUUCUUUUGUCAAGUACAACGCUCCCUCAGCAGCGACAGAAACCAGGCAGCCUGCCUUUUGUUAGAGCAUUUGCUUUCUCUAUCGACAGCCGGUUCUACUUACACCAGCCGACGCAAUUGCCCGAGCCUGUCAGGGUGUGCUUGUCACGUGUGUGGUAUUUUACCCCAAUACCAAAUCCAUAUUCGUGAAUAGAGAAGACAUAAUGAUGUACGCACUCAGUCAAACGAGCAGUCGCGAGCAAAACGCUCUUUUUUUGUCUGUGCGGGGCGAUUAGGAAAACGAGGUGACUCAUUCUGUGUUGUGUCCUCUUUUUUCUUUUUGAAUUAUGAUUUUUUCCAUAUGGGGCACGCUGUCCCGUACUUCUGGAAGUCCGACCGAGUCGGCUGCUGUACGCACAGUUUCUUGAUUCAAAGAUGGCGCAUGAAACGAGAUUAUUUGCCCUUCUCGAGCAAAACGCCUGCCCCAUCCUGACUGAGUAAUCCAGGUGCUCUGCUAUUUUAAAAUUUAG